AUGGAGAACGAUGACAAGGCUCCGUCUUGGAUUCCAAGACUGUUCAAAACAACUUCGAGUACAAAGGCAGGCAUGAAACCAAACGAAAGGUCACCCCUCCUUCCGCCAUCACAGCAGGAGGAGUGGUCGACGGCCGAAAGCUACGAGCUCGAAGAUGGUUCUAACACCAGGCUUCAGCUUGUGCUGCAAGAGUUUUGGGUGUUGUUCAAGGGAUCCAUCCCGGUGGUCCUAGCAUACGCCCUUCAGAACUCCCUGCAGACAGUGUCAGUGCUGAUUGUAGGGCGCCUGUCACCAGAAGCUCUUGCGACAGCUGCAUUCUCCUACAUGUUCGCUAUGGCUACCGGAUGGCUCGUUGCUCUUGGAGGCACUACGGCAAUUGACACCCUUGCCUCUGCAAGUUUUACAGGAAGCAAGAAUCGCCACGAUCUAGGUAUCAUCCUGCAGCGCGCUUUCGUGGUGCUCUUACUGUUCUACAUACCUAUUGCUAUCCUUUGGGUUUGCUCGGCUCCAUUGUUCAGGGCUUUGGGUCAAGAGGAGUACAUUGCACGAGAUUCAGCAAAGUUUCUUACAGUCCUCGCUCCAGGUGGAAUCGGCUAUAUCUUCUUUGAAGCUCUGAAGAAAUACAUGCAAGCCCAAGAAAUCAUGCGGCCAGGUACCUACGUCCUCUUGAUCACUUCCCCACUCAGUGCAGGACUGAACUACCUCUUCGUUUACACCUUUGAUAUGGGGCUCCUCGGCGCACCGCUCGCUACCGGAAUUGCCUAUUGGGCUUCAUUCCUACUUCUCCUCGCAUAUGCACGCUUUGUCAAUGGAUGGGAAUGCUGGGGAGGGUGGGAUCGCAAGUGCUUGCAGAAUACCUGGGUCUUUGCACGCCUAGCCUUUCUUGGUGUCAUCCAUGUCGGCACUGAAUGGUGGGCAUUCGAAAUUGUCGCUCUGGUUGCAGGAAAGCUCGGGACAAUACCGCUGGCUGCACAGAGCGUCAUUAUGACCACCGAUCAGGUCAUGAACACAAUUCCGUUUGGAGUCGGAGUCGCUACAUCCUCACGAGUCGGUAAUCUUCUGGGUGCUCGCAACGCCAAAGGCGCCGCAAGAGCAGCUAACACGGCAGCAGUUUUGAGUAUGGUUCUGGGCGCACUCGUUCUGGCUGUUCUCAUGGGAGUCAAAGACUUCUACGCAAAGAUUUUCAACGACGACAUCGAGGUCAUUCGGCUGACUGCGAAAGUCAUGCCGUAUGUGGCUCUCUUCCAGAUUGCAGAUGGACUCAACGGAAGCUGCGGCGGGGCUCUGAGGGGUAUGGGCAGACAACACGUCGGAGCGACCGUCAAUAUUGUCAGUUAUUACUGUGGAGCUUUGCCACUCGGCAUCUGGCUUGCCUUCAAUGGUUGGGGGUUGGCCGGCUUGUGGGUCGGCCAAUGCAUUGCUCUCUAUCUCGUAGGCUUUGCCGAGUGGGCCAUCGUGGCGUGGAGCAACUGGGAUCACCAAGUCAAGAAGGCUUUUGAGAGAAUGGAUUCGGAUGACCGUGCAGAGUUGGGCGUCUCGGAAGAAGUCGUAACGAACACCAUUCACAACCAGAGAUUGUAG